AAAAGUAGAUAAGCUUCAUUUUAGUUUUUCUUUAUUACCUGAUUCAUUUCCUUUUUGUGGCAGAGUUUACCCAAGUUGAAAAGGCUCAACCUGGGUUAUUCUAAGAAACUUAAAAGAAUACAAGACAUUUCCCUGUCACCAAAUAUUGAAGAAAUAAUUCUCAGCGGCUGUGUAAAAUUGAAAGAAGUUUACUCUUCGACAUUCCUUAGCGAGCUCUGUUGUUUAUGUUUAGAUUUUUGUUCGAAUUUGAGGAGUGUAAAUAUUCCCAGCAAUAUUCUAUCCAGAUCACCAGGAUUGAUUCUUUUUUCCUCGUGUCGCAAGCUUGAAAUGUUUUCAACCACUCAAACCCAAAUAUGUUAUUCUCCACCAUCAUCAUCAUUAAUCGGUCCAAUAUUCCCUCAUGUCAAACUGUGGCGUCAACGUCGAAAUUUCUUUGGGGCGCCCAUUUGUCGUGCUAGCCUUCCCCCAAGACCCCAUUCCAAUGAAAUUUUCUCCAUUACUUUUGACCGAUAUUGGGGAGCAGAUGAAGAAAAUGAAGUGACUAAUAAUAAUAUACACGUAUAUGAUGAAAUACGGAUACAACUCACUGGAGGUGUGCCCUUAAACUUUCAAAGUCUCAAGAAGUUCUGUUUCAUAGAUCUCUCAAACUGUUCUUCCCUUACAAUAUUUCCAUUUGACCUUUCUGAGAUGAAAUUCCUAAAGAAACUUUGUCUCCGUGGUUGCUCAAAAUUGGAAAAUUUCCCCGAGAUUGAGGACACGAUGGAAAAUUUAGCGGUUCUAAUCUUAGACCACACAGCCAUACAGGCACUACCUUCAUCCUUGUGGCGUUUGGUAGGGCUUCAACAACUGAGUUUGCGAGGUUGCAAGAAUCUUGAGAUUAUUCCAUCUUCCAUUGGAAGCCUCAUCAGACUAUGCAAGUUAGACAUUACCUACUGUGAAUCACUUCAAACUUUUCCAAGCACCAUUUUCAAAUUGAAGUUGAGGAUACUUGAUUUGUGUGGAUGUUUAAGGUUGAGGACCUUCCCAGAGAUCACGGAGCAGACACAAACUUUUUCUCACAUUAACUUAAAAGAAACGGCUAUCAAAGAACUGCCUUCCUCAUUUGGCAAUUUGGUUAAUCUUCGAUCCCUGCAGCUCAACAAAUGCACUGAUCUCGAAUCACUCCCAAACUCCAUUGUUAAUCUAAAGCAUCUCUGUAAACUUGAUUGUUCGGGGUGUGCCAAAUUAACAGAAAUCCCAACACACAUUGGUAGCCUGUCGUCAUUAAUGGAACUGUCACUGAGUGAGAGCGGAAUCGUGAACCUUCCUGAAAGCAUUGCUCAUCUUUCAAGCUUGAAAUCACUUGAUUUAAGUGGCUGCAAAAAUCUUGAAUGCAUCCCACAGAUUCCACCGUUUCUAAAACAACUGGUGGCAUUGGAUUGCCCAUCCAUUAGACGAGUGAUGUCAAAUCGAAACCUCUCAGAUUCCAAAGAGGGUGUCUUCAAAUUUCAUUUCACCAAUGCCCAACAACUGGAUUCAGGUGCUCGUGCUAACAUUGAGGAGGAUGCAAGGCUCAGGAUGACCGAGGAUGCAUAUAGGUCUGUGUUCUUCUGUUUUCCAGGGACUGCAGUUCCUCAUUGGUUCCCUUUUCGCAGCGAAGGAUCUUCAGUGACUAUAAAUGAAGAUUUACGUUUCUGCAGCGAUGACAGGCUCAUUGGAUUCGCUUUGUGUGUGGUUUUGGGAGUCUUAGAUACGAAUGAUAUUAAUGGUAGAUACGGUUCUUUUCGUUACAGUCUAAAAUUUAAAUCUGAUGAUGAUGAUACACAGAUUAUUCCAAAUAAUGAUGCUCUAAACAACUAUUUCAAAUGGAAUUAUAAAGACAGAGUUGCCAAUCAAGAUCACGCGUUCAUGUGGAAAUUUAACUUGGAGUCUCUGAGGAGGAGCGGCAUGAGCCUUAGACUCCGUGAUGCUCGCAGCUUCACUUUUGAGAUUAGUCCAUUGGAUUCUAGCUUUCAGCGAGACUACAGAUCAAUUGUGAGAGAGUUAAAAUCAGUUGUCACAAUAAAAGGAUGCGGCGUAUGCCCUCUGUAUAGAAGCGGAAGCAAUGUUGCAGAGUCUUCAAGGGAAAAAAAGGGAAGAUAGGAAGAGGAAGGCCGAAAGCUACCUAAUCAGCUAGUUUCUUGUUC